UGAGGCCUUCCUGCCCAGCUGGGCGACGGCGCGGGGAAUGGAGAGGGGGAAAGCCAAGACCAAAGAGGAGACAGAAGACGGAGAAAGAACUUUACGGGAAAAGCAAAGGAGGAGAGAGAGAGAGAAUACAAGAAGAGAUGGGAAAGGGACGAGAGAGGGAGAAGGAAGAGAAAAUGAAAGGGGAGGGAAGAAGAAGGAAAGAGCGGGAGACAGAGAAAGGGGGGGAACGACCUAAGGAGAAGGGCAACCGCGCCCUGACUAAGCCCCCGCUGGAGCCGCGGGAGAAAAAUAAGUGGAUCCUAGUGCUGGGUCUGGAUGGAGCAGAAAAGACCAGUGUUCUCCAUUCUCUAGCUUUAAACAGAGUCCAGCAUAGUGAGGCUCCCACCCAAGGUUUCAAUGCAAUAUGCAUCAAUACUGAAGACGGCCAAAUGGAGUUCCUGGAGAUUGGUGGCGGUGAACCUUUCCGUUCCUAUUGGGAAAUGUACCUGUCUAGGGGAUUGCUGCUGAUCUUUGUGGUGGAUUCAGCAGACCACAACAGAUUACCUGAAGCCAAGAAAUAUCUUCAUCAACUAAUUGAAACAAACCCAAUCCUUCCUCUGGUUGUGUUUGCAAACAAGCAGGAUCUUGAAGCAGCCUAUCAUAUUACAGAUAUCCAUGAAGCUUUGGCAUUAUCUGAGGUGGAAAAUGACAGGAAGAUGUUCUUGUUUGGGACUCAGGUGACUGAGAAUGGCUCAGAGAUACCUUCUGUCAUGCAAGAUGCCAAAGAUUUGAUUGCACAGCUGGCUGCAGAUAUGCAGCGACCAAGCCCAGGCCCACUGUACAACUCAUGAUCUAAGUGUCACAAGGCAGGGUUGAGUGGCAGGCUUGAAGCUAAAGGUUUCCACUUCCAAAUAAAAAAUAAGUCAUUUCCUAUUUUCUCAAUACAUGGCACAUAGACAAAGAUAAUGUUAAUUAAGAGUAUCUCUUUAGGUUUUGACCUUUAAAAAUAUUGGUAAGACAAUGUACUUGGAUUUUUAAUCAACAAAAUUAAAGUGAACGUUAGCAAGCUUUCAUCCCAUUUGUAGUUUUUCAGUUACAUAGGAUUUCUAUUAAAAUAUUUUAAUAAACUUUUCUCUUUUCUAAAUAUUCAGGUGACUUUCCUUUAAGUGGAUCUGUUUAGCAUUGUAGGGAAAGAAAUAUCAGGGUAGGGCAUUGAAAAAAGUAAGCACUACUAGACCCAUAUAGAAAUAUAAAUUAACAGUACUCAGAAAGAUUUAGGAAAGGCUUCUCUUUUAGGAGCCUGUUAGGUGAGGAACAUUGUGGUAAUUUGCUUUUUAAAUCCUUGACAUUUUUCUUUUAUAUAUAGAUAAGCUUUCUUCACUAGAAAUUUUUGUAAGAGCGGUAGUUCUGUUUACUUACAGACACAACAUAAAUCCAACUUCUAAACCUUAGUAUCUUGUCUUGAUUUAAAAAAAAAAAAAAAAGGACGUUCAGUUUCCAGUCUAAAAUAUAAGAACCUUUGAAGCUGUCAGUCCAUCCUAACAAGUAAAAAGCUAAACACACUGAAAAAUCAACAACUCUUCUAGGAUCCAUAAGAGAGGGGAGGACACAGGGCGAACUGCUGUCCCCAGGACUGUAGAGACCAACAAGAGAAUAUAGUUGACCCUUGAGCAACACGGGUUUGAAGUGUGUGGGUCCACUUAUACAUGGAUAGUUUUCAAUAAAUAUAUUGGAAAAAAUUUUGGAGGUUUGCAACAAUUAAAAAAAUGUUCUUUUUCUAUAGCUUACUUUACUAUAAAAAUAUCCUAUAUAAAUAUAUAUAAAAUAUGUGUUAGUUGAUUGAUUAUGUUAUUGGUAAGGCUUCUGGUCAACAAUAGGCUAUUAGUAGUUACGUUUUUGGGAAGUCAAAAAUUAUGCAUGAGUUUUUGAUUGCAUGGGUGGGUCAGUGCCUCCACUUCCACAUUGCUCAAGGGUCAGCUGUAUAGAGAAUAAUGAUUUCUUGGAGCAGAGACUGAUAAGCAGAAACCACUGUGAGGAACCAGUGCCAUGGUAGGAAAAGCAGGAAUGUAAUUGAGAAGACCAAGGAGGAUAAAUGCCAAAAAACAACACAUAGGAAUAUCAUUUUUAAACUUCAAAAUAUCAAGGAUAAAGAAAACACCCUGCAAGAAGCCAGAGGAGGGGAAAAAACCUUACCCAUAGAGAAACAAAGAAAGAAUUAUAUACUCCUCAGAUACCAUGCAAGUAAGAAGAGAGUGGAGCAAAACACUGAGAGAAGAAAAACACCAACCUAGAAUUCUGUGCUCUAAAAAAUUAUCCUUCAAAAGUGAAGGAAAAAAUAUUUCUUAAAAAGUUUUAAUUUUAUUGAAUGACAGCUGAUAUACACAAUGGUUCAACAGUUACCCACAUUAUGAAAUCUUCACCCCAACUAGAGCAGUUCCUAUAUGUCAACAUAGAAAGACAUUAUAGAAUGAUUGACUAUAUUCUCCAUGCGGCAUUCCCAUACCAAUGGCCAACAUACAUGAUUGAGACUUUUAUGCCUUUUUAUCCCCCUCAUCCUCUCCACCCAUUUACCCCAGCCUAUCCCCCGGGGUAACUACCAGUCACUUCUCAGUGUCUAUGAGUCUACUGCUGUUCUGUUCAUUUUGUUUUGCUUUGUUUUUCGAUUCCACAUGUAAGUGAAAUCAUAUGGAUUUUGUCUUUCUUGGCUGGAUUAUUUCACUUAACAUAAUACCCUCUAGUUCCAUCCAUGUCGUCCCAUAUGGCGAGAUUUCUUUCUUUUAAUAUUCCAUUGUGUAUAUGUACCACAUUUUCUUUAACUAUUCAUCUGUUGAUGGACAUGUAGGUUGCUUCCAUAUCUUUGCUAUUGUAAAUAAUGUGAUGAUAAACAAAGGGGUGCAUAUAUCUUUUUGAAUCAGGGAUUUUGUUUUCUUAGGUAAAUUCCUAGAAGUAGAAUUACUGGGUCAUAUGAUAUUUCUAUUUUUAGUUUUUUGAGGAACUUCCAUACUGCUUUCCACAGUGGCUACAACAAUUUACAUUCUCAUCAACAGUGUAGGAUGGUUCCCUUUUCUCCACAUCCUCACCAACACUUUUAUUUUGUGUCUUUUGGAUAGUGGCCAUUCUAACUUGUGAGGUAAUAUAUCAUUUUGGCUUUGAUUUGCAUUUCCUUGAUGAUUAGCAUCUUUUCAUGUGCCCAUUGUCCAUCUGUGUUUCUUCUUGGGAAAAAAUGUCUGUUCAGGUCCUCUGUCCAUUUUUUAAUUGGGUUAUUUGUGUUUUUGUUGUUGAGGUGUAUGAGAUCUUUAUAUAUUUUAGUUGUUAACCUCUUAUCAGAUUAGUCAUUUACAGAUAUAGUCUCUCAUACUGUAUACUGCCUUUUUUUCUGUUGAUGGUGUCCUUUGCUGUGCAGAAGUUUUUAGUUUGAUGUAGUCCCACUUGUUCAUUUUUUAAUUUUGUUUCCUUUGCCUGGAGAGAUAGGUCCAGAAAAAAAAAACUGCUCGUGCUUACAUUCAAGAGAUUUUUGCUAUGCUUUCUUCUUAAGAGUUUUAUGGUUUCAUGCCUUAUAUUUAGGUCUUUAAUCCAUUUUGAGUUUACUUUUGUGUGUGGGGUGGGGCACUAAUCCAGUUUAAUUCCCUUGCAUGUAGCUCUCCAGUUUAUCAACACCAGUUAUUGAAGAGACUCUAUUUCCCCAUUGUGUAUUCAUGGCUCCUUUAUCAUAUAUUAAUUUACUAUAUAUGUGUGGGUUUAGAUCUGGGCUCUCUAUUCUGUUCCAUUGAUCUAUGGAUCUGCUCUUGUGCCAGUAACAAAUUUUUUAUUACUAUAGCUUAGUAGUAUGGAUUGAAGUCAGGGAGUGUAAUGCCCCAAGCUUUAUUCUUCCUCAAGAUUGCUUUGGUUAUUGGGUUAUUUGGCUAUUGGACUAUAUCUGUAAAUUCCUUUGGCAGGAUGACCAUUUUGACAAUAUUAAUUCUUUCUAUCCAUGAGUAUGGGAUAGAUUUACACUUACUUGUGUCUUCUUUAAUUUCACUCAUAGUUUUCAGAGUACGGAUCUUUCACUUCCUUGAGUAGGUUUAUUCCUAGAUAUUUUAU